GGGUGGGCGGAUCAAGCACGCCAUGAUGAAGAAAGUCAAGGACCAGGGGUUGCGAAAGGACACGAUCGACGCGUACGAGAGGGCGAUCGCGGAGCCCCCCCGCCCGAGUGGCGCGAGGGGCGAGACCGAGCAGCCAGUGGUCGCGCUCAUGCAGCAGUCGGGCGUGGCAGCCUUCUGCCGCGAGUCGGUCGCCAGGGCAGUUCAGCGGCCCACCCGACGGCUCGCCUGCCAGGCGCGAAAACACGGCUGGUUCUCCAG